UCUGGGAGUGGUGAUGGUUGUUUCAACAUGGCGGUGGCCAAAAAGCGAAAUGAGGGUUUUUUUUGGACGAAUGAAGGAAUGGACAGAGAUGUGAGGGGUCAGAACCUCAUUGGACGAGUCAGUAACAGAGACACUGACAUGGGAACGAAGCACAGCUCUGACUGCAGGAAUGAGGCUACACUGAAGGAAGAUAGAAAGAAACAGGGCCACAUGAAAAGUGAUCCACCUGUGGUUUCUGUUAAGGAAAAAGUGCCACAUGCCAGCGCUGAAUGCACAGAACACAUCAUAUCCCCAAUAUCUGGGAGUUUUCUUGGUUUGUCACAGGUAAUGCCAGAGACCAACAGAGGUAAAAGCCAAAUCUCUUUGAAGGACCUAUGUCUUGAAGACAAGCGGCGCAUUGCAAACCUCAUCCAGGAACUAGCCAGAGUAAGUGAGGAGAAAGAAGAGUCAGUACAACGCUUGAAGGAUGAACAAGAACAUUUUGAACACAAGAUCCAACAGUUGGAGCAGCAGAAUGUAAUCAUAGCACAGGAGAGAGAGAGCCUGCAGCAUCAGUACAGUGAGUGUCAGGAACUGCUUGGGCUCUACCAACAGUACCUUUCUCAGCAACAGGAGAGACUGAACCAAUCCAUUGCUCGGGUCAGCCAGCACUCAGCACAUCAUGAGUUGCAAACUGUUAAAGAAACCCCCAGCAGAGUGUCUCCUAGCAGAGCUAAUGGCUCAGUCUGUGACAGCUCCUACCUCAGCAUAGCUGCUACUCGAGCACGACGGCCUCGGAUGAACAGGAGUCAAGGUGGAGGAAGGGGAGCAAAGACCUUCGGCAAUAAUGGCUCUUUUUCCAGCGUUAGGGAGUUCAAUCCCAGUAAUGGGCCAAUCAAACAACACAGGAUUCAGAAAGAGGGGCACAUCCGGACACAGGCAGAGUCCCAACAUAUCUGUGAGCACUGCCGAAGCAGUGACUUCCGAACCUGGCAACAAAGAACUCCCCUUUGUCCAGAGAAUAGCCACCAUGGGACCUUCAACCAACAUGAGUGUGAAAGUGAAUAUGCCUUAGAUUUAGACGCUAAGACAGCCCUGACUGCACCGCUGCUGGGUCACGAGGACUGGGAGGAAAAGAGGCACCAGCUACUCUUGCAGACGAUGCAGUUGGAGACGGAGAGAGAGCGGCUGCAGGCACGGCUGGCUGAGCAGGAGGAAAUACUCCACAAGCAGAAUCAGAUGCUUUGCCAGUCACAUCUCAACUACAGCAGGCUUCAGCAGUCAACUCAAGCUGAGCUCAGGAGCUCAGGUAGUAGAAAUCUGGAUCCACAGCAAGCAGCUCCCUCCAGCCAACAUAAAUCCUCCAGCGUGUAUGAAGAAGCUGUGGUACAUAAUGCAGGACAUGCCUUAAGUGAAGAAGUUGCACAAAAUUCAUCUGCUCACGACAGCCUUUGCAUUUGUACAGAGGUAUUGGAGAAAUCCAGAAGGGAUGUGGGCACAUCUCCUCCAAAGUCCCCUUCCAGCCUAAGCACGGCCAUUUCAGUACCUGUGAUGAAGAACACUCCAGAGGGCAGGUUGGACUUUUCUGUGAAUGAAUUGUUGGAUAUUUUUAGCCCCGUUUCUGCACCAAGGCAAUGCAAGACCCCCACACGAAAGCACAGGAUGUCACAGAGUGGCCGUAGGCCGGCUCUCAGUAGCUCCACUCCAGUGUGUAGAACCCUCGUCUACUCUGCUCAGCCUCAGAGUGCCCAACCCGACCAGGAGGAAACACAAAUCCUGGAGGAUAUUUUUUUCAUUUGCUGACAAAGAUGUGUGUACAGUUUUAAAAGAAAUCCAUUAAUUUGUUUCUCAGCUUUUCUAAUUCAUUUUUGUUUAGAUUAAUAUGUUCGAAAUUAAAAUACUUAUGACACUGUGAAAUGUACUCUUGGUAUCCUGAAGUUUUUAAUACAAAUAAAUGAUUUUUAUUUAGAUAUUGUU